CAUGUGACAGUGAAAUACUAGAAGCUGUUGUCUCUUCUGCGGACUCUGAUUCUUCACGCAAUAGUCGCUCUCUGAGGAGCAGGUUGUCCAGAAUGCUGUCUUUGGUCUUAAUCACAGGCCUACUAGCUUGUGCUUCUGGCAAACCAUGCGAUACUGAAACAGCCCACAGUGAGCUGCUCCUGUCACUCAAUAAGAAUCUCCUUCGCUCUCUGGAGACUCAGGAAGGACUCCCCAAUCCCAGUGUCCACUUGGCAUUACGGCUUUCCAAUAACCACAAUCUGGCCAAGGAGAGCGAACACCUGAAUAGACUGAAAAAUAACUUGCACAAUGACAUUCAAAGCUCUCUCUCUAACAGCCAAUCUGUGGUUGGCCUCUUGGCGCUGUACACGCUGGCUUUGAAGUCCUCCUGCUACGACCUCAACACAAUCACCUUCAGCGUCAAUGAGAAGAGUGAGACGCUGCUGACGCACCUAAAGAAGCAGAUGGAACAAGAAAAAGAGCAUAUUGCCUUCAGUCACCGCCCUUUGACCAACUAUUACCAGUACUCUCUGGGUGUGCUCGCUCUUUGCGUGAGCGGCAUCAGGGUCAACAACCAUGUCAGCAACAAGCUUAUCAAGGCAGUAGAACAUGAGCACUUGAAACAUGGAGACUCUGAGAGCGUUGAUACCUAUGCCAUGGCUGGAAUGGCACUCCAGUGUGUGAAGGAAGCUGGUUCUCAUGUGCAGAAUGCUGCUGAGCUUGACACAGCCCUUAGCAAGAUCAAGCAGAAGCUCUUGGCCUCUCGUAGGACUGACGGCCAUAUUGGCAAUGAGUUCAGCACAGGCCUUUCAGUUCAAGCCUUAUUGGCAAUGGGCGGCCAAGUUGCAGAGUGCGCUGCCUCAAUGGAAGCCAUGAGGAGAGACGCCAGAUCCAACACAUACCACAACCCCAUGGCUGUAUCUCAGAUCCUGCCAGCUCUCCACCAGAAAUCCUACCUGACAGUUAAAAGCAAGCAGUGCCUCAAUGAGGAUGACACUCUGGUGCUGGAGCCGAUAGAUCCUGUGGUGGUUUUACCAAGCAAGACCAAAGUGACUGUGAUGGUGGAAGUGGUGACGUCUAGCGGAGCAGCUGCUGUUUACUCUGUGGAUGCGCCAAAAGGGAGCUCUCUGUUGGAGGCCCUUGAACUUCUAAAGGGGAAAGAUGUUGGGUUCAUGUUUGAGACAGAGUCCAGCCUAUGGGGACCUUUCUUAAGUAUGGUGAAUGGAGAGCAGGCCAGACAGAGCGACCGCAGAUACUGGCACCUCUCCUCUGAUGGCACUGCACUCAGUCAGGGUGUCAGUGAUUUCAAGAUUGAGGCAGCUCAAAAGAUCACCAUCAAAAACACAAGCUACUGAGUGUCAGUAGAUGCAAAAGCAGUUUAAUCUUGAGGUUUUUUUUCUAUCCUUUGUUGUUUUAACCAGUGAUUACACUUAAAUUAUACAUUGUCACCAUUUUUGAUUAAAUAGUCGUAGUGGUUCACAGAAUGUUUGCAUUUCGAGUAGGUUUGACCUUUGAAUACAAGUGCACUGUAGAACUAACUGACGUUGCUGUGAAUAUCCUCACUUUAGUAUGUAAAUUGUAAAGCAUUUUUUAAUGGAUUGUUAAAUGAGUGUGAAAUGUUUAUACAAAUGUUUUCCAAAACGUGAUUGUGCUUUUUUAAACAAAUAAAAAAUUGUCUUUUUAAAAGAGA